AUGGAUAAAGAUAUUCUCACACAGAACUCUUAAAUUUCGGGCUAGCUGGCUUUACUUGAAACACAACUGAACACUUCUGCUAUAAACAAUAACUAAUAAGUUGAUGUUGAACUUCUUCCCAGAGAUUAUCAAUGGAUUUUGGAGAAUUUUAGAGAAUCUGACUACUCUUAGGCUGAAAAACUAACAAAAUAAAUUGAAUUAAAGCUUAAACAUGGUAUUGAAGGUCUGGAGAUCAUAUAACACAUCAUUAUUCCAUAACGAAAUAUCCUAUUAAUUGAAUACAAGUACGAAAAGAUUCAAUAUGGAUAAAACCUUGAUUUUAUUGACCUUAAUAACCAGCAACUAUUAAAGACUAUUAAAAUAAGAGCAGAUGGAAAAAUCUACUAUCAGCAUUACAAUGGCAUAGACUACAUAUUCCAUCGAGAUUAUGAUUCUCUUAAUCUCUCAAGGUUUGAUGAUUAUUACUAAGAAUAAAGAAAAUUUGACAUCAAGUUCAUUAUGGAUUCAAAAGAUGACUUAAACUAUAUUAGAGAUCUUAAAAUCCUUGAUGAGUUUAACAUAUGGAUGGACAUUGGUAUUUACAACUAUGUGAUAAAAUUUGACAAGUAACCAUUAAACACCUUGAAACAAAAUGCUCAAUUAAAGAUUUAUAUUCCAGAAUUAGAAAGUGACUAUGAAAAUGAUGAAGAUGAUGAUGAUGAUGAUGAUGAUGAAGAUGAAGAUGAGGAUGAAUCAGAUUCUGAAGAGGGAGAAAAAAAGCAAAAAUAAAAAGAAAAAGUAAAAGAAAUAAAAUAGGAUAAAAGAUCUGAUUUGCCUUCAAACUAAUUGUUUAUUAAACAUCCAGAUUCAAGUGUAUAUCAAGCUAAAAAUGACAAUGAUGGUAGUCAUAAAUUUAUUGAAUCAUAAAUUAAGAAUCAUUUUGUAUUUUAAGCUAAUUCUGGGACUCUCUUACUUGAUAAAAAAACACUAGAAAUUGCAAAAAAACUUGAUAAGUCAUAUUAUGUUAUCAAGUAUUUGGAUUUAUUUGAGUAUCUUUUAGAUGAAGAUUUUAACAUAUAUAAGUUCGAAAACAUUGAUCAAAGUUCUCCAUAGAAGGUUCAUAAACUUUCUGAUUUAAAAAUUUAUUAUUUACACAAGAUAGUGACUACCUCAAACAAAUUCAUAAUCUUUUUCUCAAAUAAAUCUGAAGCAUAUUUUGUUUUAGUAUUCGAUGCUAGAACAUUCUAAUUGAUUGAUGAAUUUCAAAACUUAAUUGGAAUGAAGGAUGGGGAUUCACUUUAAAUUGAUACACUCUACAAUAGACUCUACUAUAGGGAUAAAAAAAAUUUAGAUUUUAUAAGGUAUGUCAACUUCAGCAACAACUAUUUUUAACAUAAUGAAUUAACUCCAGUUUAGUAUUAAGGUAAAUAAGUUGAUCUCAAUGAAUAUAAAGAUAUUAAGGGCAGAUUUUUAUUGAUUAAGCUGAGAUAAUAAUAAAAGAUCUUGAUUUAAGACUUAGAAACUGGAAUUUAAAAAGAGGUGCCAAAGAAAUAUAAAUAUUAACUUGAAUCACAUCUUGAAUAAAAUGAGAAAGCAUUUUAUGAUGAAAAAUUCGAAUAGAUUGUAAAAUAAGAGUAUGAGAGAAAAUUAACAGAUGUUAAAGAGCUAAAGUAAGGAGAUAGUAUCUCUUCAAACUAAAAGGAGAAUCAACGAGAUAUCUUAUAAGUCAAAUUAUCAAUCAACGUUUAUCAGAAGCAACUAUAUUUAAAUAGACUCGAGAUAUGCUUCAAAUAUUUAUUUUUUCAACAACAAAAUACUUGA